AUGGGAGUCUCAGGGCUACUCCCGCUUCUCAAAUGCAUCCAGGACCCGUGCUCGCUUGAGCGGUACCGUGGCAAGACGCUAGCUAUUGACACGUAUGGGUGGUUGCACCGCGCGAUAGUCUCCUGUGCCGAGGAGCUCUGCCUUGGGAAACCGACUAGGAGGUACAUCACCAGCAUCUUGAACAAGAUUGCCAUGCUCCGGCACUUUGGGAUCAACCCGUACUUUGUCUUUGACGGCGCGCUGUUGACGGCGAAAGCAGAGACCAACGCAAAGAGAAAGCUGGAGCGCGAGGAGGCACGCAGGCUUGCAGAGAAGUAUACAAGGGCGGGAAAAGCCACCCUCGCGGCAAAGGCGUACAUGAAAGCCGCUUGCGUGAGCCACCAGAUGGCGAAACUGAUCAUGGUGGAGCUAGACAAGAUGAACAUUUCCUACGUGGUGGCGCCGUACGAGGCGGACCCGCAGAUGGUGUACCUAGAGAAAACCGGCAUUGUUGAUGGGAUCUUGAGCGAGGACUCAGACUUGCUUGUGUUUGGGUGCCGCAAGUUGAUCACAAAGUUGCGAGAUGAUGCUAGUUGUGUGGAGAUUGACAGGGCAAACUUCAACAAGGUCAAGGCGGUUCCUUUCCUUGGCAGUCUCAGUAGCGACCAGGUGCGACUUGCGGCGAUGCUCUCGGGCUGUGAUUACACCAGGGGCGUCCCCGGCGUCGGCAUCAAGUCCUCGGUCCAGCUAGUGCAUCGGUACCGGGACUUACAAAAAGUUGUAGUGGCCUUGCCUGCCGCGGGGAAGCCACUUCCCGAGGACAUCGAGGGGGAGUUUGCUAGGGCGACCCUUGCGUUCCAGUUUCAAAAAGUGUUUGACCCGAGGACGCAGCAAGUGGUGGCAUUGAAUGAGGUGCCGCUGAGUUUGGAUGUAGACGCAGCGACUCUAGAGCUGGUUUGUGGGCAAACUUGGGAUUCAGAGUUGGCGGUAAAGGUCUGCAAUGGAUUGGUUGAUCCAAACACCCACGAGGUGUUGCUUUCUAGAGAGCACCCCGGGUCUGUACUUGGCAUGGUCAAGCUUAAGAGAGUGGGAACCGCGUCAGUAAAGUGUGCGACGAAAGUGUCACCGACGUCAAAGAAGUUGCGCAAGUUGGCCUCCACUGAGGUAAAGACACUGGGAAUUAGUAAGUUCUUCCGCCCGCAGGAACCAGAGACCACCGAUGGGAGACCAAUUUGGAUCUCAAGUUUGCCCGCGGAGUCAAAAGAGAUAGUAAAGGUUGAGGUUGGUGAAGUAGAGGAGUCCGAAGACACUGCGGGGUCACCAGUGAGAAAAAAAAUGAAGCCUUCCAUCAAAGGAGGCCCGAGACCAGUCUUGGUGACAAAAUCAGUCAAUGUUGUUGAAAAACGGCAGGAACCCAAGCCCCGCCGUGUAGAUUUGAAUAGAUUUGCAUUCAAGUAG